AAACUCUUGGAGGACGAGGGUGGUACCCUGUGAAAGUACUGUCCAAUGAAAGUCACUAACGCCAGAUCCCGGGUAAUGCUGGAGCCGAGAGUGCUAUGGAGAAUUUCACGGCGCUGUUUGGAGCUCAAGCUGACCCCCAACCACCCCCGAGCGCCCUGGGUUUCGGGCCUGGAAAGCCGCCCCCGCCCCCUCCGCCUCCUCCGGGAGGUGGUCCAGGCACGGCCCCACCCCCGACUGCGACCUCGGCCACCGCGGGCGCAGACAAAUCGACUGCUGGAAGCGGCCCCUUCUACCUUAUGCGGGAAUUGCCGGGCAGCACAGAGCUGACAGGCAGCACCAAUUUAAUCACACACUACAACCUGGAACAGGCCUAUAAUAAGUUCUGUGGAAAGAAAGUGAAGGAGAAGCUAAGUAACUUCCUGCCUGACCUGCCAGGGAUGAUUGAUCUCCCUGGCUCCCAUGACAACAGCAGCCUCCGCUCCCUCAUUGAGAAGCCUCCUAUUCUCAGUAGCUCUUUUAAUCCAAUCACAGGGACCAUGCUGUCUGGUUUCCGCCUCCAUACUGGCCCGUUGCCAGAGCAGUGUCGUCUGAUGCAUAUUCAGCCUCCCAAGAAGAAGAAUAAGCACAAACAUAAACAGAGCCGUACCCAGGAUCCUGUUCCCCCAGAAACGCCAUCUGAUUCAGAUCACAAAAAGAAGAAAAAGAAAAAAGAAGAGGAUCCUGAACGGAAAAGGAAGAAGAAAGAGAAGAAAAAGAAGAAGAACCGACAUAGUCCAGACCACCCAGGUAUGGGAAGCUCCCAGGCCAGCAGCAGCAGCAGCCUUCGCUAACAGGACUACUGAACUCUGCCAAGGAUGGCUUUCCUGUUACAUUGAACCUGCUGACAAAAACUGUCUUCCAGGCAUUGCCUUGGGGUAUCCAACAGCUAGACAGAGACCAGCCCCUGCUGUGCUUGUGACUAAUACUUUUAGAGAAGGGUUGUGCUUUUUUAUGGUUUAGUCCAGUUGGCUUUUUCAUAGACAUCCCUUUUCACAAUAAGCUGUUUUUUGUUUGUUUGUUUGUCCCUCCCCUUUUGUGUAAUUUCAGGACUUCAUUGUUAGGGUCUUUUUUUUUUUUUUUAACAACAAAAAAAAAGGUGUCUUUAACAGACUGGCUAGUAUGGCUACCUUUUUAAGAGGCAAAUGUCAUUAUGUAUGAGGCAGUUUAAGACAAGGCACUGCUAAGAUUUUAGAUCUUGCCAUCACAUCAUUUCCUUAGGCCAGGAAAUCAAAGUUAGAGCAGAGAACAUAGUCAAAAAGCAACUUUACAGCUGGGCAUUGGUGGCCCACGCCUUUAAUCCUAGCACUCGGGAGGCAGAGGCAGGUGGAUCUCUGUGAAUUCAAGACCAGCCUGGUCUACAGAGUGAGUUCCAGAACAGCCUCCAAAGCCACAGAGAAACCCUGUCUCAAAAAAACAAAAACAAAAAGUACGUUUGCUAAUAUUUUGCCGAUAAUGUUCACAGCCAAGUGCCUGGAUGAUCUUCAGCCCGCCAGGAAAGCUAACCAAAUUAAGGUUUAUGCCUUUGUUAAAAAAUAAGAGGGACUAUUAAAAAACAAAACCACCAUUACCAGUAUAUUUUAGCAGGAGGAAAAAAAAACAAAACUGGUGUUUGUCUCAUUAUGCUCCCACCCUUUUUUCUGGGGACUGACCCCAAGCCUCGUGUAUGCUAUACAAGUUUAUCUUUUCCCUUCUCUUUUUUUUCCCUGUGUUUUUUAAAUGAAUCUCUGGCAAGAAAUAGAACACGUCCCUUAUUCUUUAGUUUAAAAAAUGGAUUUGGUUGGGAAAAACAAAGUUUUGGGUUUGUUUUUUGGAGCAGCGUCUCACCAUGUGAACCUGGCAGGCAGCCAAUGAGGAAUAUAAGCUCAAGAGACCCACUAGUCUCCACCCCAUGCUUGGCUUUUGAUUUCACUUUUAAAAAAUAGUUACUUUA